AUGACUACGGUGGCACACCGCUCGCUCGGGAUGGGCGACUUUAAGGACGGACGGAGUGGGGUCGGGUGGCCGGUGGUCUUUGCUGGUGGUAUGGUGGUGGGUGCGCUGGCGUCGACCGCUACCUUUGCGUCGUACCUUGCGUACAAGGCCUACUUUCGGAGGGUCAAGCGACACGAGAUUCAUCGCUUGCGCUCCGAGCUGGCGGUGAUGCAGGCGGCGAACCCGGCGCACACGCUCGAUCUCAAGCUGGCGUCGCGCGGGCGGGCUGUGGAGCGAGCAGACUCUGCGGUGAAGCCACGGAUGGAGCAGAGCACUGACGCUCCAGUCUUCUCCAUUGUGCUCACGGGUGGGCCCAUGGGCGGCAAGUCGUCGUGCCUCGAGGUCAUCACCAAGGCUCUCGCCCUCCGCGGCUACGAGGUGUAUGUAGCGCCAGAGAUCCCCACCCUUCUGCUCAACGGCGGCUGCCGCUACCCCAAGACCGAGGGCGGGCCCAUGCUAGAGGCCUUUGAGACGGCGCUGCUGCACCUGCAGUGGCAGCUCGAGAACUCGUUCUUUAAGAUUGCGCUUGCUGCCCGCAAGCCCUCAGUCAUCAUCUACGACCGCGGCCUGAUGGACGUUCGCGCCUUUGUGCCGGACACCAUGUGGCAGUCCAUGCUUACCGCUAACGGCUGGUCCGAGGACGUCUUUAUGGGUCGCUACGACUUGGUCAUGCACCUCAUGUCGGCGGCGUCGGGCCUGCAAGAGGUCUACGAGGAGGUCUGCUCCUCGCAGCCCAACUCGCGCAUUGCCACUAUUCCUGCCGCACGCGACCUCGAUGCUCGCCUGGUUGCCUGCUGGCAAGCCCACCCCAAGCACAUCGUUGUCCCCAACUACGACGACUUUGAGGUCAAGAAGAAUCGCGCCCUCCAGCACGUGCUCGACAUGAUCCGGACCGCCGAGCAAAUGAUGCCUGUGGUCUCGCCCGAGCAACUUGCACCACCGCGCCGCCGUACCACUACACAUACGGACUCGCCGCUGGCCUCACCGUCCAUCUUUGAGUGGUCGUUUGAGACCGAGGACGAUCCCGCUCGCCGCUCGCCGAGCGAUCCGGUCCUCGCCGGUGCCGGCGAUGACUCGGCGUCUGACAACGACGACGACGACGUUGUUGUCGAGCUCGGCGUCUCAUAACGCCACGACUCUGGCAUGUGCGUCCUGCUGCGUGGCUAAUGGGCAAGUAGUAGGUCGGUGUUUUUGUUGUUGUGCGGUCGUCCCGGGAUGCGGCUCCGACCAAGCCGAGCGGACACGACAAGCGAUUCAUCGUCUGCCAACGACGACGACAACUUGAGAAGAGGGGGGGGAGGGGGGAGAGAGAGAGGAAGGAGGACGAGAAUGAGAGAGAUGUUGUCAGAAACUCUGGACUCUGAAGACUUCUCACGCGCUGGAACCGCAAGUCGAGGUGUGCCCGCCGCUGGCGGUGGGGCUGCCACAGUUGUCCGAGGCUGCGGAGAGCCAAGGCAGCGACGGCGCCGGUCCGUAACGGGCGAGGAUAGCGUCGGCAUCCUCGUCGAGGAUGGGACUUGUGUAGAAAAUCGGCGGUGACGGCAAUGCGGCCUGCUUGACAAGUGCCGGGGACGGUGGAAGGUCUGGGUUGACGAUCUCGGCGAGGAGCUCGCCCUUGGUGGUCCGCAGGGCGAGCGGGACCGAGCGCAGCACGUCGGGCUGCGGCGGGAGGCUCUUCUCGGAGUGAAUAAACUUACAGCGGG